GGUUACUAAUCCGUUACUAAAUAAUAAUAAUAACAACAACAACAUUAACAAUAGUAAUAAUAAUGGUUUGUCUUUGACAAAAAUGGCUCAAACAGUUCAAAUAACCAAAUUUGAUCCAUAGUUUCAAGGACUGUUUCUUGCUGGUGUUCUCUGUGAGCAGUGCAGCUGUGAUGACUCGCGGCACUUCAGUAGCUGUCUAUUUCAAUGUGGUGUUUGCGAUGACAGUUUGUCAGUGUGGUUUGGUGUCAUCAUGAAGAUCGUUCUGCUCAUCGCUCUUCUCACAGUCGGUGAAUGUGGUGGAAGCCCUGUUGUUGGUUAUGAAGGUCAAAACGUCACUCUGUCAUGUAAAUAUGACAUCAAGUAUCACAAACCGCAGUCAAUCUGUUGGGGUCGAGGAGAUAUUCCAAACAGGGGCUGUAACAACCAGCUCAUCUCCACAGACGGAUACAAAGUGGAAGAAAGAGUUUCUAGCAGGUAUCAGUUAGUGGGACGACUGGAUGACGGUGAUGUUUCUCUGACGAUACUGAACCUAACAGACUCAGAUGCUGGACGGUAUGGAUGCAGAGUGCACGUAUAUGGAUUGUUCAAUGAUGAAAAACAUCACAUUGAUCUGAACAUCAAAGGAGCUUCAUCGACCACCACAUCAACAACACUGGACAGACGGACAUCCACAGAGGAGACAACACACAAUUACACAACAGGUCAGCUGACCUCCACAGAGACCAUUAUAACUUCCUCAACCAACAGCGAGCAUACAGACAAGGAGUCGACCAGCGUGGCUGUGGUUCUUGUGGGAGCUUUGUUCGGAUUGAUAGCUUUGACCACAGCAGUUGGAGUCGUCAUCAUGGGCAGAAGAUGGAGGCAACUCAACAAAAUCCCUACACAUCAGCAUCAAGUCAACAGUUCAGUCCAGUUCAAUUCGGUUCAGCUCCAAAGUCGAGGAUUGGCGGAGGAAAACAUCUACCAAAUAGACGGAGGCAGUGAUGUAGCCGGCAAUGGUGGCGAAUACGAGUACUGCCCCUAAAUCCUGGGUUUGAACUCAUCACCUCGUUUUAGGAGGCAUUCAGGCCUCCUGCAAUCCCCCAAAUUGCCAACAGGAUGACUUUUUAAAGGAGGCGCAGUGUGGAGGAUAUGAAACUUAUCUGGGUGAAUCCUCUUGAUGGUUGUAUAGAGUUCGUUGGGUUGUUUCUGCAUUCCAGUCAAGGUCAAAAUUUCACAUUGGAAACUUUCAAGCUCCAAGCUCUUCAGGUCCAUGAAACUGAUUCCAUUAUACAUUUUAUUGUAUAUCUUUUAUAUUUGAAACAUAUCUGAAUAUUUCAUUCUAGUGUAAAUACUGUAUCAGAAAUACACCCUACCCAUCCCUUACUGACUGAAAUGUACAAGAGAAGUGUGUGAUAGCUGCUUCUUCGUAAAGUUGGGGUACAUGAAUUGAAUGAAGUGGCCUUCUUCUAGUAGGAGGUCAGUCAUUUUCAUAGGCUGUGCUCUGCUAUAAGUCUGACAUUGGCCGACUAUUUACAUUAAAAAACUCCCGCUCUGUUCCAACACUAGUUUGAAAAGUCACUAUCAUUGGAGCCUCGGUUUUCCAAGAGUGCUGCGGAAGAUGAUUGUGAUUGGUUUAAACCAGUGUUUCUCAAACUUUUUCAGACCAAGGACCACUUUGUCAAAAAAAAAAAAUUCAGGGACCACCUUACCCCCUGCUGCCCCCCCCCCCCCCCCCCCCCCCCCCCCAACCCCACCGCCCGACAAAGGAGGGGGGGAAAAAGCAAAAAAUGUUUUGAACCUUUUAUUGUACAAAUUUUACAUCCAAAAUGUGAAAGUGAAAAAAAGUGUGAAAAAUAUAUUUACAUCUGGGGGCUAACAAUGGUUUGGAAUUUUUUUUUUUUUAAUUAUUAUUAUAUAUUUGAUUUUGAUUGAUUUUCUUUUAUUUAUUUGAAAUGUCCCACUCCGAUGAAUUUAAGUAGGCUAUUAACUAAAUUUGCACACAUUCAAAAUUGCAAGUAACAUGACUGUUAUGAAGAAUAAACAAAUCUUAAUUGUC